GGCUAGAAGCUUUGCUUAGUUUUAUUCUAUCGUUAUUCUCCAUUUCCAUUCAACUUGAGUGCUUUAAAGGGCGUUUAAUAACAUAAAAUACACUCAUCGCACAGACUAUUAUAUUGCUUUUCUAUCUUGAAUAAUCGGUUAUUUAUGUUUCUAUCGGUUUAAAAUGCCCUGUGCGAAAUUCGCACAAAGAAGAGCCGACUAUAUCAAGAUGCCUUAUAGCAAAGAGCAGUAGUAUAGGUUUCCAUACUAUAAAGUUAUUGCCAUUACAGCCUGUUUUCCUCAGGUGUAAAUUAAUAAAGCCGGCGCUUUAUACUCGGUUUCCAUGUAGCCACUCAUAAAAAUGAAAGAAAAGUAACGCUGUGUACAACACGACACUUCUCGCAACCAAAAACAUGCGACUUAUUUAUGCGAAAGCAUUCCAUGAUGUGAAUCCUAAACAUCUUUUCCGUGUCAGUCUAUUUUUUUGUUCUCAAAGCACUAUUUAUUUGAAAGCUCGUGCACAUAUUCUGAAGUAAAACGAUAUCGAGCAUAGAUAAGGUAUCGGAUUAAGUAUUUUGGGAGUGAUCUCUGGUUUCUAUACAGGAAUCGAUUUUUAUUGCUUAUUUCCUGAGAACACCAAGGAUCCUUCGUUUCUUCCAAAAUGCCCAAGGGCAAAGCGUUGUCUGUAACCCAGAAACGGUUGAGCGUCCUUCCGCUGCAUCGCAGACAGAGGCUGUUGGAGCCGCUGAUGCCGAACACCACCUCCACACUCUCCAAAACGAAGGUCCGUGCCUUCGACGCGGAGGGCAACAUGACGACAAAGCAAACCGGCACACACACAUUUUUCCUCAAACAGCAGACUCUCUUUUACUUGCUACGUUCCUAUCCAUGGUCGUGGUUGAUGGUUAUUAGCAUCGCUUUAUAUCUUGCACUAGUUGCGUGGAUUACGACGUUGUAUUACAGCUGGGCGUGGGCGUGUGGCGUGAAGGAAUCCACCAGCGCCAUUACUUCGCUCUAUUUCACCGUGGUUAGCCUCGCCGCAAAUGGGGGUUACAUGGGUGAAGCGGCGAGCAUGGGAAACCCAAGUAACGUGUGCUACUAUGGACGUACCGUGAUCGUAAUGUUGGCUUCAUUCACCAACAUAGUAUUCGUCGGGUUGGUGGCGGCUUUGUUCGUAGGGAAGGCUGAAUCUACCGCGAAGUUCGCCAACCGAAUUGUCUUUAGCCACUUCUGCACGCUAGCCAGAGCACCAAGGCAGCGGAAUGUGUGGCAUCUUAAGUUUCGCAUGGCAAACAUAGCGAGCCAAAAACCUCUUGCGCAGGGCCAAUUGCGUCUUUUUUGCAUUCUGGCAGAACCUCCCACCGAGGACCGGGCGUUGAUGGAUUCAACGCUCAAGAAAGGAUCGUUCAAGUUCCAAGGGCACCGCGUCUCACGUCGAGAAAUGGCUCCCCCUCGAGCAAUAUCGGGAGAUACAUCAAAAGAAAACCAAGGGGAUCUUCCUAGUUGCACAUUUUCGUCUGUGAGUGAAACAAGCCUUUCAAGGUCUUCAGAACUCAUAAAAGAUUCUGCACGAGACUCGAAAGUGCAGGAGAAAUCGCACUCCGGGUCGCGCAUACGCAGGAGAGGGAGAAAGGAUCAAAAGCAAGGCCCCGCCGAGGCUGCAAAUACUAUUACAGGGAAAAAGGCCGACCAAUCUCCCCCCUCCCCCUCUUCACAGCCUAAGGAGGGUCAAAACUCCGACGAUGAUAUCAAUUCGAACUCGGAACAGGAUUCAAAGCCUUAUGUUGCGGUUAGAAUUCAUAGCGAUUCGCGUCGCGAAACCGAAGGGGGAUUCCUCGGGUACGGGGGAACCAACAAGAAGGCGAAUCGUGAGAUCGCACGUCCCGCCCGCUCGUCGAAUCGGUCUGCCCUUUCAGACGCACAGGAGGUCGGUAAUGUUGAAAGAACCGAGCAUCCAAAGCAAACUAGUGCGACAAUGGAGACCACGCCUAAUGAAGAGGAUCCUCUUCUUGGCCAAACCCUCUUGACAGAUCAACAAGAGCACUCGCAAGUAGGUUCUAAAAGUGCGACCAAAAAUUCUAGGCCCAUUAAGCAGGUGAAGCUUAACGUUGUAGAGUUACGAUGGACGUGCCCUGAGGAGAAAUUUCUCGAUAAGGGUGGUAGACAGCUAUCUCUUUGGUAUCCAGGCACCAUUUGCCAUGUGAUUGAUGAGCGUAGUCCGCUAUACCGCUUUAUGAACGUCCCUCUUAAUAGUUCUUCGCUCGUUAGUUCUACCGAUGUGGACGAAUAUUCCUCGCAUACUUGCUCCGUCGCGUGGAUGGAUGUGCCAGAAUGCUUCCAGAUCGUAGCGGUAUUUGAUGCUAUCGAGAUGGAAAGUGGUGCUACUAUUAUGGCCAAACAUGCCUACACUUUCACUGAUAUUCUCAGGAACUAUAAAUUUUCAGGCAAUCUAACACAUGUGCACAACGAGAGUGCUGAAGUUCACUUGGAUUACCAUCAUUUCAAUGUGGUUGUGCCCUUGGUGGGAGAUGAAUUAUCAUCAAUUAGCUUAGAUGUAUAG